AUGUCUUUGUUAGUGACCUGUCCGAGUGGCCAGUAUGGAACCAGGUGCGAGACGUGCGGUCACUGUGAGAAUCGCUUCUGUGAGAAGACCACUGGUGUUUGUCUCAGAGGUUGUGCCCCAGGCUACAGGAUGCCUAAGUGCCGAGAAGGUUGUAACGCUGGCACAUUUGGAGUGAAGUGUCAGUCAACGUGUUUCAAUUGCAAAAGAGGAAGUACUUGCGAUCACGUGACCGGACGAUGUCCUACUGGAUGCAUACCCGGAUGGAGGGGAGACAACUGCACUUUAGAGUGUCCGAACAACACGUAUGGUGCAUGUACGCCGUGUGGCCUGUGUGCCGAGGAUGAUCCCUGUAAUAUCGGAACAGGUCACUGCCCACGGGGAUGCAAGUUUGGAUGGACAGGACCCACGUGUAAAACAGGUUGGUUGAUAUUUGGCGCCGCUGGUGCAGUAAUACUCGUCAUCGUUGCCGUCGUCAUCGGUGGCGCUGUAUACAAUGUCAGAAAACUCAAACGGAGAUACCAAAACUCGUAUGUGGAAUUUGCUGAGAGAUGCAACCGACUGUACGAAUUGUAGUGAUAAAGGAUCGACCCGGAAUAGAGGACAGACAGGAUCGCGAUGUAACAUAUCUAGAUCGACCACAAGUAAAGGAUCGACCCGGAGUAGGGGACACAC